CAAACCGUGCUAAUGUCUUACCGCUGGUGGAGGUUCGGCUGGGACUCGGACCAGGAGGAGGACUUCACUGGGACCAGUCCGGAGACCCUGACCCAGGCCAUCAGGGCCGCCUCGUCUGAGGACCCGGAUGCAGCGGGCAGCGUGCAGUUUGGUACCCUGAGGGGAACAGUGGUCGGGCUCAGAUAUUACACGGGAGUGGUGAACUGGGGUGAGAUGGUGGGUUUAGUGCGGGAGCCUCGUAACCCAUAUGAUCGUAACGCAGUGAAAGUCACAAACGUGUAUGGGAACCAGGUCGGACACAUCAAGAAGGAGCUGGCUGCAGCUAUGGCCCAUGUGAUGGACAACAACCUGGCCAAAGUGGAGGGGGUGGUACACUCUGCGACGAAAAACUCCUUUACCAUGCCCGUCAUGCUGUCAUUCUGGGGGACAGAAGGGAACAAAGACGCUGUGAUGAGGUACAUGGCAAGCCGAGGGUAUAAACUGGAUGCAGGUGGAAGCAGGUCAACAGGUAGCCAGAAAUCAUCCGGCAGCUCAGGUGCUCGUGCCUUUUCAGCCAAGAAAGGUGUGACCGUCCCACUGACUGCAGACGAGUUAAAGAACGCGUUUGAUAACUUGUUCGAAGGUUUGAUGGAGAGUAAAGACGGAGAGAAAGCAGCAGCGGAGGCUGUGGCCACGCCCCUCCUUCCUCACCAGGAACAAGCUCUGUCCUGGAUGUGUGCUCGAGAAAACAAAGAUGUGUUGCCUCCAUUCUGGGAGAAGAGAGGCGAGCUAUACUUCAACACUCUCACGUGUUUUUCUGCUAAAGAAACCCCUGAGACUGUCCGUGGAGGAAUCCUGGCAGAUGACAUGGGACUGGGAAAAACUCUGACAACUAUUGCGCUCAUCCUCACCAACUUCCACAAAGGAAAGCCGCUGCCUGUGGAGAAAUGUGAGGAGGCCUUCUCACCAGCCGAAGGUCACACUAAGCCUGUGGAAGAUUCCACACAGGAAGAGAGCAGCAGAGCAGGUUAUAAACCAGCAGUGAGUGGUCCUGGUGGCUCUCAGUGCUCAGACCUGAUGAAGGAGGAGGUGAUGGAUGCUGAUGCAGCAGAUGGAGUGGUGGGGGACGAGCCACAAGAAAGCAGCAGAGUUGUGGUUGAAGGUUGUGAGUUUGCUGCAGCACUGAGCAGCGCCACCUCAGAAACAGGCCCAAAGAAGAGGAAAACUACACAAAAGGCCAAUCUUAAACAAAAUGUUGAGUCCUCCAUCAUGGACGACCCACAGGACUUAUCUGCAAGAACUACUCUCAUCAUCUGUCCUCUGUCUGUGCUCAGCAACUGGCUGGACCAGUUUGAGCAGCACGUUCAUUCUAACGUGAAGCUCAACAUCUAUCUGUAUUAUGGUUCAGAGCGCAACAGGAGCAAGAAGUUCCUGUCCUCUCAGGAUGUGGUCAUCACCACCUACAACAUCCUCUCUGCUGAUUUUGGGAAUAAGAGUCCCCUACAUGGUAUCAAGUGGCUGAGGGUGGUACUGGAUGAAGGACACAUCAUAAGAAAUCCAAACGCACAGAUGAGCAAAGCCGUGCUUGAACUGAAAGCUCAGCGGCGCUGGAUUCUUUCAGGUACUCCUAUCCAGAACAGCAUGAAGGACCUGUGGAUGCUGCUGGCUUUCCUGCGUCUGAAACCCUUCGAUGUUCGGGAGUGGUGGAACAGAGUGAUCCAGAGACCUGUCAUGCAAGGAGACAGAGACGGCCUGCAAAACCUCCAGAACCUGGUGAGGUGCAUCACCCUGAGACGGACCAAGAGCAGCGAGAUCAACGGCCGCCGGCUGGUGUCGCUGCCUGAGAAGAUGGUGUUUGUGGAGCAGGUGGAUCUGAGCCAGCAGGAGAGGGAAGAGUACGAGCUGGCACGUAACGAGGGCAGGCGUACUGUUGGCAGAUACGUAGCUGAAGGCUCUGUCUUGAAGAAUUACGCUGAUGUUCUUUCCAUCCUCAUGAGGCUCCGACAGCACUGCUGCCACCCUGACCUGCUGCCAAAAACACCCUCAGAUUUAGGGACAGCGGCGACGCCAGCAGAGCUGCGGCAGCGUCUGAUAGAAAAGCUCCGGAUGGUGUUGUCCAGCGGCUCUGAUGAAGAGUGCUCCGUGUGUCUGGACUCGGUUCGUCUGCCCGUCAUCACGCACUGCGCCCACGUUUACUGCCGACCCUGCAUCGCCCAAGUCAUCAGCACCGAGCAGGAGAGUGCACGGUGUCCUCUCUGUCGAAGUGAGAUCAAGACCAGUGAGCUGGUGGAGUUUCCACCAGAUGAGAUGGAACAUGACAAAAGUACGAUCUCUGAGAGGUGGAGGACGAGCUCAAAGGUGAAGGCUCUGAUGGGGAACCUGCUCAGACUACGGUCUGAAGACGGCAACAUUAAAUCUCUGGUGGUCUCCCAGUUUACACGCUUCCUCACCAUUCUGGAGACUCCGCUGAGAGAGCACGGUUUCAGUUUUGUGCGUUUUGAUGGCUCCAUGAACCAAAAGAAGAGAACUCAGAUCAUUCAGGAGUUUCAGAGCUCUGCAGCAGGUGGUCCUACCAUCAUGCUCCUGUCUCUCAGAGCUGGUGGGGUUGGGCUGAACUUGACCGCUGCUUCUCAUGUUUUCCUCAUGGACCCUGCAUGGAACCCAGCUACUGAGGAGCAGUGUGUUGAUCGGUGCCACCGCUUGGGCCAGAACAGAAAAGUUGUGGUCACCAAGUUCAUAGUGAAGGACUCAGUGGAGGAGAACAUGGUGAAGAUCCAGAGGAAGAAGCAGGACCUGGUGGAGAAGACGUUCGGCUCAGCUAGCACCGACAGGAAAAGUUCUCGCGUGGACGACGUCAGAGCUCUGCUGGAGCUGUAGAUGUCUGCUGCUGAUCCUCUGCAUGCUGCUGAUCCUCUGCAUGCUGCUCGUCUGGGAACGUCUGUGAGGAAACCCUCUGUUGUCCUGGAUGUGCAACUUAAAUCAAGUUGUUUUGAACAGAGAGGGGAGUGAUCAGACAGUCUGCCCUGCUGCGGGAUCACUUACAGCCAGUCAUGAUGUUCCUGGUGUUUUUAUUCUGAUCUUUUUAAAGAAGAAAUGCUUACUUAAAAACAAUUCUUGCUGCUACAACUAGAACUUUCAACAUAUUUUGAAAUAAAUACACACUUUAUAAGAGCGUACGUUAAACCACAUAAUUUCAUUUUCAUUUGAAGCAGAUCAAA